AUGAUGGUAGCCCUGAUGCUGGUCAUGGUCGGUAUUACCUGCCUUUGCCUCUUCCGCGUCUACGUCGCCUUUGGCAGCCGAGGUCGUCGACGCCUGCGAUUUCCAAAAAGCAGCCAGGGCAAGAUCAUGACAUCUCAGGAGUUCGAGACGUAUCGACAGUCCAAGAUGAUGCACCAAGACGAAUUGGACUCGGAAAGCGACGACUCACAUGAUGAGGAAGAUGUCAACGAGGCGGACGAAAGGAACCUGGAAGAAGAAGCUUUCCUGCACAGACAGCGCCAGCAAGCCUACGUUGCAGAGCAGAGGCUAAACAGGCGAAAGGUAUCAGGCGGCGAAGGCAGCCAAACGCCAGAAAGAAGGCCCGCAGUCGGAUUUUCAGUUGUGCUCGAUAUCUCGGUGGAAACCUGGAUAUCUGCGAGCACAUCAGCCCAGUCAGGUCUUGAAAAGCCAGAGGUUGGACAUCCCGCCAGUUUGGCACAGGAAGACGACGACGAUGUUCCGAUCGCAUUGCUGACCAGGAGACAGCACACCUCGGGCGGACUGGUUAGCCGUAUCGAGAGCCUAGAGAGCCCUAGUCCUUGGAACAAACGCCGCACUGAUCACGAUCCGUUCGGCGCUCCGGCUAACCCUCCGCGAUUCUACGGCAGAGAGACUCCGGCGCUGCAGCCGAACCCUGUCAUGAUGGGUGGGCAGUUCAUGCCGCAACAGUUCCAGGGAGGGGCGUACUGCCGGUGCCGAUGA